AUGGCACCUUUGCAGGGCCACCAGGUGGAGAAACUGGUGAAUGAGGCUCUCAAGUGCAAUAAUUUUCAGGGUCUUGAGAAGUUCUUACAAAAUGAAAGCAAGGAAGAAACCACUUUCCAGUGUUCCAAACAAUUCAUCACCAAACUAGACAAGCUCUUCAUCAGGGAACUUGAUCUUGGAAAUGUGGACAAUGCUUGUCUGGUGCUUACAAUUCUACACAAAUAUGGCGAAAUGAUGUGGUUUGAGAGAGCCAGAAAGCUGUGGAUGGAGACAGGAUCAUCAAGGAAUGAGAUGCUGAUAAAGUUGGCUGAGGACCUCUUUGAUGCACUUAUGGUUGUUCAUGAAAGUUGUAAAGAAGGUACAUAUGCCGUGACUGAAUUUCUACUCAGUCACAUUGGUAAACUGGCCUCUAAUGGCCAAAUUAACAUCAUGAUCCAGAAGGAGGCGUCAAGGAAACUUAAUGCAAUUCUGGGAAAGAUCCCCAUAGAGCUGAAAAAAAAGAAGAUCUUGUCAACUCAGGAGGCCUCAUCUGUGAUGAAUGAUGUGGCCAGUCGAAUCAUACAAGGUGGAGCCAUUCAGACCUUCAAGUACACCCUCCAAUCCAGGGAGAAGACGGCAGUCGAGUUCUUCAGACGAGAUGAUGUCAAAUAUGAGGAGGUGGAUCGCACACUCUGCAAGAACAUCCGUUCAGCAGGAACCACUAACAAACGCCAGCAGCUGCAGUCUGAAAAGAGACUCAACUGUGGCUGCAAAGGAUCCAGUAGUGCUCAGAAUCUCAAAAAACAGGCAGCUGAAGAGAAGAAGAAUUAUGACCUGCAGGUGUCUUUGAUGGAGGCUCUCUGCAGAAUGACUUCACCAACUCAGAGGAAUGAAUUAGCUGACUGCUGGUUUUCCAUGACAUUUGUGUCCACUGCUUUCAAGAAGAUCAAGGAUUCUGAAUUUGAGACUGACUGCAGGAAGUUUCUAAAUAUGGUAAAUGGAAUGCAAGGAGAAGGGAGAAGUGUGUACUCCUACCCUUGUCUGGAAGCAUUUUUGGACAAAUAUGAGCUGCUCAUGCCAGUGGACGAGAACCUUGAAGCGUUUUGGAUUGAUUUUAACCAAGGAAGUCAGAGCAUUUCUUUUUACUUUUCUGUGAAUGAUAAGGAUGCCCAGGAUGGCCAGUGGGACACUCUUUGUAUAUCUGAAAGUGAGGUUCACAGUUACACAGUGGAAGUGGAGAAUGGGAGGAAGGUUCUUCUUCUUACUUUGAAUGAGUUAGUCAGCACUGGCAACUUAGAGGGCUCCAUAGUCACCAUUAAAUUCAGCUCUUCUCUAGACAUCCUGCAGGCCACUGAGAAAGUGUAUGGUCAGGCUAAAAACAGGAAGUCUGUUAGGAAGCCUCCUUCUGUUGCAAAAACACCUAUUCAGGUCAACCUUAGUUCACAGGACAGUUCACAGGUUCUUGUCCCUGAAAGCCAGGCAUCCCCCUCUCAGCGCACUGAUGGAAGAAACACAUCAUCUUUGAGGCUUGGAAUUCCUUGCCAGUCUCUCACACAUCCAGCACCAGAUACAAACAAUCUCCAACAACAGAUGGUAACCCCUAUAAAGAUGAAGGUAUCUGAGUCUUGCAUGUACAUCUCAGGCAGUGUGGGGCGUAAACAGGGCAGUUGUUCCUCCAGCUGUGUGUUGCCGGCAGUGUCAGUGCCAAAGGUGAAACCAGCUCUUCAGAUGAUGAGUUCUUCAGAGAAGAAGCAAGAGUUUCAGCUUAGAGAGCUCAUGAUGUCCAAAACAUCUUCCAAUGUGUCUUCACUAAGUGUUCACUGUGAGACCAAACAAAAGCAGGCCAAUGAAAUUCAAGCACAGAAUUUGGACCAACAGCGGAUUCAGAAAGGCAAGGCUAAAGCAGAGAAGUACCGCAAGCACAUUACUGUGGACAAAGUGGUAAAGAUGGUGCAAGCUGACAAAGAACAAGAAGAGGAAACAUUUGAUAACAGCAUAGUCCCAGACACUCAACCUGCUGUGAAAAAGGGAUACUCCUUUUCACCAGGUCUCUGGAGCUUAAACUCCAGCAAAAGGAGAAUCUCUGUAUCUGGAUCACUGGUCGCCUUGCAGAAGAACUGCUCUAAGAACAGUUUUAUAUCAGAUGGUAGCUCUCAUCCCCCUCCUCAGCGUCUGUCCCCGGCCCAGCAUGGAUUCAGAUUCCUGACCCAGAAGCAGAUGCACACCCAACUCACUCAGAGACUUGAGGAUGUGCUGAGGGAGCAACAGGGUACAGAUGGCCAUGCACCCCAGCGAGCCCCAGAGCGGAGAGGCUCCUCACUAGUGCCCAGAGCUGCAGGUCAGGGGAAGGAGAAAGUCAAGAUGUCAGUGAGGUCCAUGCCUGCUAGACCUACACAGCAGAGACUGCAGACCCACACAGUUCAGGACAAGGCUUCAGACACCAAUAAAAACAAUAUGGAAAAUGCAACGGAGAGUAUGGUGAAGAUGAUAUCCAAUCAUUACAAGAAAAGUACCAAAGCUGCAUCCCCUGAGCCAGGGGCCCAAUUUAACAUUGCACCUACAAACAGAUAUCUGUUCAAUAAGAGCUGGUUACCAUCAUACAGUGAGAAAUCUUCCAAGAAUUCAGGCUUGCUCAAAACACAUGACACAUCCAAGAGUGCAUUUCAGGAGAAUGAGGAUGUUUAUGCAUUUAAAGAGGACACAGCAAAAAUUAGAGUGAGAAAGAAUGUGAAAUCCUCUGAGCUAUCCAGAGUUGACAGCAGUGCAUCAAGGAAUUCAUCAACUCAAUCUAAGUUUGCUAAGAAACCUCAGCCUUCAAAGGCUGCUCCUGCAAAUGUGAAACAAAAUCUGUUCAGUGAUACAGACACAGAAAAUAUGACAGAGAUUAGCUGGCUGAACUCAGCCAACAGGAAACCCAAACCUAAAGUAGCAGACUACAGCAGGCAACCAGUAAAAACCACAAAGCCACCAGCUGACUCCACAUUUAAAUCACCAUUUACACCUUUGCCUUCACCAAAGCCAGUGAAGGAGCAAGUCAAGCAAAAGCGGAAAAAAACAAUUGGACGACUUGAGAGAAUUCAGCAGACUCUCCCAGCUCGAACCAUAGGACCAGGACAAAAGGGAGAGACAAGCUCUUUAGACACUUCCAAAGAACAAAGCGAAAACAGUGAAAAGGAAAAAGCAGACAAAAUCAUUGUUCAAAUUCAGCAGGAUCAGAGAUAUGAUAAAGGCAAGACGGGAUCUAGUCCAGAGCAUCUUACAGUUUCCUCAUCUGCUCAGGGGUCAUCCAGAAGACAGAAAUCCUGGGUCGCAAGAUUAUCUUCAACUUUGGCCUCACCUCCCUCCAUUGAGAAGAUGAGAUCAAAUGAAAAGCCAACAACCCAUUUGCUAUCCCAUACACCCCUCCGUUCUCUGUCCAUCUCUCCAAUUGAACCUGACUCUUUGCUAGAACCUCUCAGCCCUCUUAAAGAAAUCCAAGCCUCCUCUUUCUAUAAGACAGCAGAGGUUAAAGAUGUUGUUAAACCUCCCUCUCUCUUGACCAUAAAACCUGUUUCCACAACCUCCAGAGACUCAAGGCUGAAGCCAACUUCUCCUCAGGUUGAGCUGAGUCCAGUCCACUCAUUACUGACCAGAGCUCAGCCCCCUUUCACCUCCACAGGCAAGGAGAAAUCCACCCUGCCCUCCCUACUCAUACCUGCCGACUUCCAGAAGGAGCAUAGAGGUGUCUUUAAGAGGACCAGCCCAGCAUCUUUUGACAGGAAGUCUGUGAUUUCUGUGGCAACAACGACCCAAUCUUCUCUCAUGUCAGUGAGCAACAUGGCUAUGAUCUGCACUGAGCUAGAGAAAACACCAGCAUGCCAUCAAGAAAGUAGUGAGAGAACAGAAUUUAAGUCUGGUCCAACAAUUAUCCACAAGCAUUCCAGCUCAUGCCACUCGGCUAGUCUUACAGAGAGAGAGGAGGAGAGUGAUGAAGACAAAGAGAAUAAGCCUCCCUAUCCCUCUCAGCUAGCUAUGAACAUGAAGCCAAGAAAGCUGUUCAAACCUAAUGAUAAACACUGGCCUCUUAAUAAAGGUCCCAAUGUUAAAAAGCCUAUAAAUGAUCAGAGCAGCUCCGAGAUGGAAGAGGAGACAGAUGCAGACAAUGGGAGAAGAAAGAAAAGUUGCCAGAGAGGCCAGAAUAAAAGGACCAGAGCAACAACCAUAUCCAUUGAGGAUGUGGAAACUGUAUCAUCUUGCAUGAGGUCCAGUCAUGGGCAGGCCAUUGUGGAGACAGACAUAGACCUGACCCAACCUGAGAUCCCACCUAUUCAGGAGGUGGGAUUUAUCUGCCAUCAAUUCAGCUCAGAGCUUAAGAGAAAGAUCCAGAAUCGCUCCGGAAGAAUGGAUCUUUACACCAAACAGUCUAUAAAGACCUUUCAGCAGCACAUGUCUUCUUUUAGUGACCAAUUGCACCAGUACAGUUUUCAGAAGCUGGAAAAAGUUAAGCAAGUUCUGAUAGGCGAAAUAAAAAGCCUUGAACAAGAUGACAUUGCUCUGAGGAGCAUGGAAGAGGAACUGAUGACAUGCUGGAAAAAGCAGGCCCUGGCUUUCCACACAUACCAAGAGAAAGGAACCAAGAGACUACAGCACUUGAAAAGCAAUAUCAAGACGGAUGUGUGUGAUAGUCUUGAGUAUGAAGAACAAAUCUUCUCCUCUGAGAUGUCUUUGAUGAAGAAAAACAUAAAGUCAGUUCAGGACCGUUUCUUUAAUGAAAUGCAAGAGGAAGAGUUGCUGAGUGUGCGAAGAGGACUGCAAACCUUGUUCCUCCCAGACGCAUCCAGGUUCUGA